UGGGAUUCGAUUCCGGGUCUCCAGGAUCACGCCCUGGGCCAAAGGCAGGCGCUAAACCCCUGCGCCACCCAGGGAUCCCCUAAUCUUUCCAUUUUGAAUGUUGAUGCCUUUAGGUGGCGCUUUGUCCCCAUGGUACUCACAGGUUGCGUGGCCCUGCUCUCCUCUUCUGGCUGACCAUCCUGCUGACAUCAGCUGGCCAGCCUCAGGGGACACCUCAGCCCAUCCUCAUCCUGGCUCUCAAGCCCACCUUUCCAGUUCCCCGAGGAAUAGUCAUGCUGUCUCAUUGCUGGCUCUGUCUUACUCACCUUUGUCCUACAGUGUUCCCCCAGCCCCACCACUGCUAGCCAGCCCUAGCUGUGGCCCUGGCCCUUGAGACAUCAUCAUGAGCCUCAGUCAAACUCUGGCAGAGACCUGCUGAGAGAGGGUGAGGGUCCUAUGGCCACCCACUGCCAGUAGCCACCCUGCCAGCAUCCCUGCCUUCCAGGAGGCCCCAGGAAAUGGUGGGGAGAUUCUUUUAACUGGGAGCCUGCCAGCCAGUGCUCCUUUAAGAGAGGACACAGCACAGGGUCAGACUCAGCUCCAAGCCAGCCGCUUGCCCUCUGGGUGAUCUCCCCUCUCUACCCCUUCAGCUCUUCACUUGGAACAUAGUGACCAUGAGGAUCAAAGUAGAAGAUAAUUGUGUGUAGCUCAUAAAACAGUGCCCAGUGUUCAGAGAAUACUCAAAUUCUUAUUUUCUCACUUUUGCAAGUGUUCUGAACCCAUGGUCACACAACUAGAAUAGAAAAAUAAAAUGGCCUGGCUCAAGGUAGAUCCAAUUGGCAUGAGGGAAAAAGGGAAGAAGGACCAAAAUGGAGUGGGAAAGACUUCAGAGAGGAGGUGAUGUCAGAACAGGGUUUUGCAGAAUGAACAGGAAUUUGCCAGUAAGUCCAAAAGCAAACUCUAGAUGAUCAGUUGGGAAGGGAGAGGGGCUACUUAAGACUGGUCCCUUCAUUUGUUCAUUUUGUUACUCAGCAAGCCUUUAUUUAGCAAACCCUUUUCUGUAGGCUCUGGGGCUACAGGGAGCAUGCCGCCUACCAGGUAGAAGUGGGUGUAGGUGCAGAUGGUUCUGAGCAGGGUGGUUAGGGCUGUGGCGGGGCUGCCCAGGGUGGGAGGGACCAAUACAUACUGCCUGCCUACUGUUCUCGGCCUCAAGAACUGCCCUGGCUUCUCUGCUCGCCCAUCACCCAGGCCAGCAACCAGCAACCUGCAAGGAGGGAGACAGGUGAUCCAAUGGACAGAGUCCCACUCUUGCCCAGCCUGGUACCUCCGGCAUGGCAGCCGCCGAAGCGCCUGGCUACCUCGUGUCCCCUCAGACGGAGAAGCACCGGCGUGCCCGCAACUGGACCGAUGCCGAGAUGCGUGGCCUCAUGCUCGUCUGGGAGGAAUUCUUCGACGAGCUGAAGCAGACCAAGCGCAACGCCAAGGUGUACGAGAAGAUGGCCAGCAAACUGCUGGAGAUGACAGGCGAGCGCCGGCUGGGCGAGGAGAUCAAGAUCAAGAUCACCAACAUGACCUUCCAGUACAGGAAAUUAAAAUGCAUGACAGAUAGCGAGUCCGUCCCGCCCGACUGGCCCUAUUACCUAGCCAUUGAUAGGAUUCUGGCCAAGGUCCCCGAGUCCUGUGAUGGCAAACUGCCGGACGGCCAGCAGCCGGGGCCCUCCACGUCCCAGACCGAGGCGUCCCUGUCGCCGUCUGCUAAGUCCACCCCUCUGUACUUACCGUAUAACCAGUGCUCCUACGAAGGCCGCUUCCAGGACGAUCGCUCCGACAGCUCCUCCAGCUUACUGUCCCUUAAGUUCAGGUCGGACGAGCGGCCCGUGAAGAAGCGCAAGGUGCAGAGCUGCCACUUCCAGAAGAAGAAGCUGCGGCUGCUGGAGGCCAUGCUGGAGGAGCAGCGCAAGCUGAGUCGCGCCAUGGAGGAGACGUGCCGGGAGGUACGCCGCGUGCUGGACCAGCAGAAUCUCCUGCAGGUGCAGAGCCUGCAGCUCCAGGAGCGCAUGAUGAGUCUGCUGGAGAAGAUGAUUGCCAAGUCCAACGUGUAGGCUGCCGGGUGGGCUGGCGGGCGGGUGGGCAGCCAGGGCCCAAGCAGGCUGGCCAUACAACACAGGCCGGCCGGGCCAGGCCAGGUCCCAGAGGGAGCCAGCCUCACGCUGGCCCCUGGGGCUGCUCCUGGAUCGGACUUCCUGGUGUGGAAGCCCCUCCUCAGACACAGGCCGAGGACACCAGGUUACACGGGGGUGAUCCCCCAGUGGGAACUCCUAGAACCUGUUCUCCGGUGUGGUGACUACCGAUGAUACUUGAAAUGGCUUUCGGCAUUAAAUGUGUGAUUUUUCAUGACUCCCUGGAAGCAGAGUUCACCUUUCCAGCUCAGAGGGAAUGCGCCAGGUUGGUCUAUUCCAAAAACAAAAGCAUAUGGAAACAGGCAAGUGGCAGCUUUGCACUCG